AAAUUUUUUACCAAAGCCUCCAGGGGUGAAAUUGGCUGGGUUCUUCCUGCUCAGCAAACAGCAUGAGUCAUUUUCAGGCAAGGAUCCACCCCCUUGCUGCUGCAGGCGGGGCACAGUUUGAAUUCAGGAAUUUGAAACAAAGCCUGUUACAAACUGCCCAGAGGGAGCCAUGGCUGCAGAGAGCCCCCUGGAAAGUCUCCAGGAGGAAGCGACAUGUCCCGUCUGUCUGGAGUAUUUCACAGAACCUGUCACUCUGGAGUGUGGGCACAAUUUCUGCCGAGCCUGCAUCAGCCAGUGCUGGGAGGGAUCCGAUACAGCCGCCUCCUGCCCUCAGUGCAGAGAAACUGUGAAACAGAGAAACCUCAGGCCCAACAGGCAGCUGGCAAACGUCCUAGAAAUUGCCAAGCGGCUGAGUUUACAGGCAGCAAAGGGAAGAGGAGGGGACGGGGUGUGCGGGGAACACCAGGAGGCUUUGAAACUGUUCUGUGAAGAGGAUCAAAGCCCCAUCUGUGUGAUCUGCAGAGAGUCCCGGGCUCACCGCACUCACACGGUGGUUCCCGUACAGGAGGCUGCCCAGGAGUACAAGGAAAAAAUACAAGCCCAUUUGAAGACUCUGAGGGAAGAGAGAGAAAAGCUGCUGGGAUUUCAAGUGACUGGAGAGAAGAGAAGCCAAGAGUAUCUGAAACAGACAGAAACCGAGAGGCAGAAGAUUGUGUCUGAAUUUCAGCAACUCCAGCAGUUCCUGGAGGAGCAAGAGCGACUCCUGCUGGCCCAGCUGGAGAAGCUGGACGACGAGAUUGUGAAGAUACAGAAUGAAAAUAUCACCAAACUCUCCGAGGAGAUUUCCUGUCUCAGUGAGUUGAUCAGUGAGCUGGAGGGGAAGUGUCAGAAGCCGGCAAGUGAAUUCCUGCAGGAUGUCAAAAGCACCUUGAGUAGGUGUGCGAAGAGGAAGUUCCAGCAGUCAGAGGAGAUUUCUCCUGAACUGAAAGAGCAAGUCAGCGAUUUCUCCCAGAAAACUAUUGUGCUAUCGGCGACUCUGAGAAAAUGCAAAGACACUCUGCUGGAGACACAAAUUGGGAAACCCCUAGGAGCACACAGACAGGUGACUGUGAAUGUGACUCUGGAUCCAGACACGGCUCAUCCCGAACUCGUCCUGUCUGAGGAUCGGAAAAGUGUGAGAUGGGGAGACACGCGGCAGCGACUGCCCAACAACCCUGAGAGAUUUGACACUGAGCUCUGUGUGCUGGGCUGCGAGGGAUUCACCUCGGGGAGACAUUGCUGGGAGGUGGAGGUGGGGGAUGGGGGAGUCUGGGCUGUGGGGGUGGCCAGAGAGUCUGUGAGGAGGAAGGGAGAGAUCAGCCGUAGCCCUGAGGGGGGGAUCUGGGCUGUGGAGUGGUGGGGGGGUCAGUUCUGGGCUCUCCCAUCCCCUGAAACCCUCCUGCCCCUGAGCCUGGUCCCCAGCAGGAUCCGGGUUUGUCUGGACUGUGACCGGGGGCAGGUGACAUUUAUCGGUGCUGGUGACGAGGCCCCGAUCUUCACUUUCCCGCCGGGCUCCGUCCCUGGGGGGAGAAUCCGACCCUGGGUGUGGGUGGGGCCGGGAGCCCGGCUCCGACUGUGUCCCUGAGACACAGCAGAGGCAGGACCGGAAAUCAGUCUCUCUAGCCACACACAGCGCAGUCUCUAUGACCUUGGAGGACUCCCAUCUACCCAGCUCCUUUCUCCUCAUCUCUGUGGCUGUUGGAAGCACCUCCCCCUCCCUCUUUGCAGCUUCAGGGAUGGGGGGAGGAGGGGGAGGAACCCCUGGGGCUGCAGGAGGGGCCCUGAGGAGCAGAGGUGGGGGCUGGGCGGGGGGUAGCACUAACAGCCGGGCAGGGGACAGGCGCAGGUGGGGGUGGCAGGGACACAGCAUUGAUCAAUCAGGGUUUGGGGAGAAGCAGCAGCAGGGAGCGGUUUGUACAGUUCUGUGGGAUUAGAUCUCACUGGGGUCUCCCAGCCAGAGCUCCUGCCGCAGGGGCCACAGUCACUUCAGGACAACUGGUAACACUGUAAUGGUCCCACACACCCGUGGUGGAAGGGGGAGAUGGGUGCAGAUUGAUGAAAAAACAUUAUAUAACCUUAAAAAAAUCAUCAUUGGGUCAGUCUCAUGACACUUUUUAAACUCCUGAGGUUACAGCACUGGGGGAGGCAGGGACACGGCAGGUUUAACCAGAGGGAAUUAGAAGAUGCAAGAAGAAAAAUGUGAAUGAAAAUAAAACAAGAAUAAAGGGAGAGUCUAUGGGAAAUGGUGGAAAACAGAAAUGGGAAAAAAGACAGGAAAUAUCCCUGCCACGGAAACCAGCCGGGAGCAGCAAGAGGGGAAGGGAUAAAAUCAGGGAAAGAAGAGAGCAGCCGAGGGGGAUGAUCUGUGACAGGGAGGAGAGACACAGGGAAAUAAAGAGGGAUGGAAAGUGAGGGCUAGAACAAUGAUGAAUAGAAAAGGACAGUAUGAAAGGAAAGGGAACAAGAGCGGGACGGGGAGAUUUAUGACAUGUUACUGAAAGUGACACUGUAACUCAUUAAUUCCCUAUAUUAGUUCCGGGACGACUGUCCUGUUGUUGUGCCAUUAAGAAAACUGUUCUCAGUGGCUGGGGAAUCUCCUUUCCAUGCUGUGGUUAUUAAGGCUCCUUCUCGGCUCCAUUUACUUACCACCUUUAGUUACUGACUGUAAAUAAAACAUUACAAACAAUU